ACAAAAUUAAGAUCAUGUGGUUUAUUGUAAUAUAAAAGUAGGAACAGCAUCUUUUGAAAGACCUUUUUUGUGCUCGUAUUUCUUAUUGUGAAAAUCCUGUGCAGGAACAGUGUAUAAUCGAUAGCUUGACGCUAUUCAUGCAAAGUUCCGUUACGUACCAGUACAUUGUGGCAUUAAACAAGUGACAUCAAAGGAUGAAACGAAAGACAAGAGAGCGCAACGUCCAUUUGGAUCAAAUGGCAGUCAAUUACAGAGUCUGGAACAUGUUUUUGAUACGAAUGUGGUGGAUCUCCGUCGUUUGUUUGGCAGGUCUCCUCCCUCAGCAUUGCGGUGGAGUUCAUGUUUUUGUAAGAGAUGAGAAGAAAUACGCUGUCCUGUUCCAGUCAGUGGUGUUGCCAUGUCAGUACACCAGCGUAUCCACCCAUACACCUGUAGUGCAGUGGGUCUACAAGUCGUACUGCCGGGACCGCACACGGGAUUCUUUUAGCUUCCCAGACAGCCUAAGUGGAGGGUUGGGAGGAGGAGGAGGACUGAUGGGGGGAAAUGGUGGAGGAGGCUACGAGACCGGGAUGACAGCAAACUACCUUGACUGCUCUGAUAGCAGCCGCACGGUGCGAACUGUGGCCUCCAUUUCUGGAUCCUCGACCACACUGUCAGAGUACUACAAGAACAGAGACAUUUCCAUCAUUAACAAGGCUGACCUUCGCAUUGCAGACGUCCAGUGGGGGGACAGCGGAGUGUACACAUGCAAAGUGGUUAUAUCUGAUGACCUGGAGGGACAGAAUGAAGCGUCUGUGGAGCUGUUGGUUCUUGGAUUCUCAGGUGUGCCUGAAGAUUUGCUACCUGACUUUGAUUUGAAGAUUAUGCCAGAGUGGGUGUUUGUAGCUGCUGUGGCACUGGGAAGUGUGUUAUUCCUUCUGCUGGUUGGGGUGUGUUGGUGCCAGUGUUGUCCUCACUCGUGCUGCUGCUAUGUGAGCUGCUGCUGCUGCCCCGAUACAUGCUGCUGCCCCAGACAUUUGUACGAGGCAGGGAAGGGUAUAAAGACGGGUACCUCCACUCCGCAGACACCUGCUUACAUGCCAUACUUUGUUUCUGGGGUGCCAGCCAUGGUACCCAUCACACCCCCUUCCUUGGUAGAAAAGAUGUCAUCUGCCCCCCCUUCAGAUGGUAGUCUACUCACAGCAGUUCCAAUACAUGGUGUAGGAGCUCCCUACCGCUUGCCUUCACCACAGGACCAAGACUCUCUCAGGGUUCUACAGUAUGUAGAGAACCAACUGGCUCACUUCAACCCUACCAGGUCCACCAGCCACCAGUCCUGUGGUCUGUCCGAGCUGAGUUCCCUCCAUGAAGGUGAAAACGGUUUCCGCCAAACAUUCCGGAAUGUCCAGAAGAAAGCACUUCCGCCUAUCUCAGAUCACGACCCUCAACCUGAACUGAGACGAUAUCAGGAAAACCGCAGCCCUGAGCCGCAGCGGUACCAUGACAACCCCCCUUCUUCACCACAGCGUUACCGCGAGGACCCCGAGUCAGAGCCCCAUCACUAUGUAAAAGAUCCCUUCCCACCACGGCGCCACAGUGAUGACCCUCCUUCGUCUUUUCAGUCUCGCAAGCAUGUCCGUAAUCAUCGGCAGCAGAACCACAGUGAGGAGAACUCUCACAACAGGUGGAACCCUCGAUCAGAACAUCUGCAAAGAAAGACCUACCACACAGCGGGACGGACUGGCUCGCUGGAUGAGUUGGAAGAGUUUGCUACCACCUACAAGCAACGAGGAGGCAGAAGAGCAGACAAAAGGGAAAAUGAAGAUGAUGAGACAGAGCUUCGGGAGUUCAGCCGAUAUCCUUCGUACCGGCAUUGUCCACCACAGCAGUAUUAUGAUGAUCACAACGAGCUUGGAGACAACAGUGACCACGAAGACCGACCUAGGAGACACAGGAAAAAUGGACAUAACAUAAGUCCACUUCCCUCCCCCACAAAGAGGCGGGGCACCUGGGGCAAUGAGCGUUCCGUCCCACCCCCUGCCAGUAUGAAUCCGCCAUCAACUUCUUCUCAAGAAAAAGACUAUAAUGGCAUGUUCCUGAAUAGCCUGUUGGAGCGAAAGGCUACGUUACGAGGAGUCAACCAUGGGAAAAGUGGCACCCGGGAAGAGGAAGACUCAGACACACCCUCAAAGGGCAGCUCAAAAAAGAGCAACGGACAGUCAAGCCGAAACUGUAUCAGGUCACCUAGCAACAGGCCUGAAGCAGAUUCCCUGGCCCUUUACUCGGAUACAGACAGAAGCAGAACUGACAGGCCUUCUCCACGGCCACUCCCAGCAUGCAUUCGCUCGCCACAACCUCACACCCCUUCCCCACUCAGUCGCAGAGAGGAGACCAGAGACAAGUCUCGGAAAGUGCCGGGCACUCUUCUCAGCCGGGAUUCCCUCAUCGUCUGAUUGGCUUAGAGGCUCCAAGGCUGGAGGGGGGGUCGGAAUGUGUGACCAUGUGAUUCAAUGGGAGCUACAGUACUGCAACUGGUACUCUUGAAUGAAGACAUGGAUGACACACAUAUACAGUAUGCCAUCUUUACUGCUGAUGUCAUCACUGCUUGGUUGGUGUCACUGCUUACCCAGAAUGCACGGCUGGACUAAUGUUCCUCCUGGCAGGACCAGCCCAUCUUCCUUUAGAGGGGGAUGGAAACCAAUGAAAGUAGCUUUAUGACUCCAGCACAGUGAGUGCAUUCAUUUCGGUUUGAUGGGACUACAUCCAAAGGAGUUCAGAGUAUAUGAUGUCACCAUCAUGGAUGAUAAAGGACCCAGUAGGUAUAAACAUGUCUUUUUAGUUAAUAAGCAAUAGUAAAACAAAAAAAAACCAAUGAUCAUAAUGAAACACAGUUAUGUGUUAAUUGACCCUACAAAUUGUCAUUUUGAUCACCAAAUGGAAAUUUAAAGUAACAUAAACGGAUGCGGAUGUGAGUAGUAGUGCUAAAUUAUCUGAGACUUUAACCCCAAGAUGCCACAAUUAAAGUAUACAGUAUUCUCCAUCCAUCCAUUUUCUAUUCUGCUUCUCCUCAUUAGGGUCGCAAAGGUAUGCAAAUGGUCAGUUAAAGUUGCCAUGGCAACAAGGGGAAUUUCUGCAUUGCCUUGUUUGUUAUGUAAUGUUGUUAACCCAACAUCCUACUAAUGGAUGUUGGGUUAACAUUUGAAAGUGCCAGUCUGGCUAAUACUGUUGAUGUUUAAUUCAACAUUUACAGUAGUAAUUUAUUUGCUUUUCAGUCCUUAUUAAUCAGUGACACUGCUUCAUCCCUUAUUAAAACGUGUGAGUUUACACAUAUUGCAGCAGCUGCUCUCUCCAAGAGAAUAGUUUUGUGAAACUAAAACAAUACAAACCUUAAUUUGGCUUUUUACUGUAACAGCACAAACUGAGCUAAAUGCAGCCUUUUUAUGUGUACCCAGUGUGUAUGUGAAACGAGUGAUGUGCUUUUUUUUUUCCAUUCAUUCAUUUUCUACGUGUUUUUUUAAAUAUGAGAAAAAAUGACAUAAUUACUGCAAAUUUACUGCUUGUAAAGAGCUUGACGUGCAACGGAAACACAUGACUGACUUGAGAUGAAAAUAUUGUUUGACUCCCACGACAUGUCAGCUUCAGUGUUUUGUUUUUAUUUUUCCAGUUUCCUUCCGGUGUUUCAACUAAACAAUCAAGCAAAUUCACAUACACCCACAUACAUCAAACAAGUAACUGUAGCGUAUACAUGUCAGUUUUGCUAAUUUAGACGAAACAUUGUACAAUGUUGGAAUAUUGCUUUGUGUGUGUGUAUCUGAGCGGUGGUUUUACUUUUUGCCAAAGGAGACAAUGUUAAGCAUGACUCACGUCUUUGUCCAUUGUUGCAGUGACAGGCUGCCUUUCUUCAAUACACAGCUGGAGUAAAACUCACACAGCCUGCUCAGCCGUAGAUACUUGCCAUGUUUUGUCUCCAAUAUAGAAUCCGUCUGACGUUUACGGUUGUUUGCUAUGAACGUUUUAAUCUAACCAGAUACUUUGUGCUGUGAAACAACAUAAACAGGAUCGUUCAUCAGAUUUUCAGCAAAUAAACUAUGUACAAAUAAUGACUCAAUGUAAUUAGUAAGUUUCAGUAAUGUGCUUCGGAUUGAUUUUUUGUGUCCGGUUUCUUGCAUGUUAUGUUAUCGAAGAGUCUAAAUUGUCCAUAGUUGAGAAUGUGAGUGUGAAAGUUUGCUUGGCUAUAUGAUCACUCACUCAAAGCCAACGGUGACCCUGAAUGGGAUAAUUGGUAGGAAAUAGAUGGAUAGAUUGCAGAUAUUACAGAUGUUGUUGACAUGACAAAGAAUUGAAUGUGUAUUUUCUUUAAAUAUCCUUUUUAGGUUGUAAUUCCUUGUAUAUUUUCACCUUGCAUGUGUGCGUGUUUGAUGGGAGGUAAAGACAGUGACCACUCAUGCUUACAGAUUUUGUUAGGAAUGCAGUUGAGCAACUCCCUCUUGGGCUUCACUUAUUCAGGCUUCAACUGGAACAGGUGAUGUCAUCUUUCACCAUAUGUCAGUAAAUUAAUGACUCAUUGCAUAAUGUGUUUGAUCUUCUUUGGCCCAAACUAUCGUCAAAUGUAUGUACAUUUUAUCAUAGUGUGCUGUGGAAAUGAGAUGAAACAAUUCAUGCCAUCAAAAAUUGUUGUACUAUACCAAACCUAUUGAGUUUUUUUUAUUUUAAUUCUCUGGGAAAGGCAAAAGGCAUUGGACAGGUGGGUAUGUUUUUAAUUAAAUUAUUUUAUAAAUGUCAACAGUGCUAUACGGUCGUAAAAUGGGCGAUGGGCGCAUACGGUAUUUGAGGCAAAUCUUGGUCACACUAGUUACUGACUGGCUUUCGGACACUCCGGACUACGCCCAAUACAGUUAAACUGCACAUUUUGAAGUGGCCUUAUAUUGUGACCAACUUAAGGCACACCUGUGCAAUAAUCAUGCCGUCUCAUCAGCAUCUUGAUAUGCCAACACCUGUGUGGUGGAUCAUGAAUCAUGAACGCUCACGAACACCAAUUUAUACAGAUUUGCGAACAAUGUUUGAGAGAGUCCUUUUGUGUCCAUUGAAAAAGUGUUAUCGUUGAGUUCAGCUCAUGAAAAUGGGAGCAAAAACGAAAGUGUUGUUUAUAUAUAUAUAUUUUUUUGAGUAGUUAGUUUUUGUGGACACCUAGUGGCGCUGUCUGGCAAAAGCAGAAGAAAGGGAAACGAGCCAGAUGAGUUAUACAUACAUACAUAUAUAUACAUAUAUAUAUAUAUAUAUGUGUGUGUGUAUGUAUAUAUAUGUAUAUAUAGUGUUGUUUUCCAAAUGAUUUUCCAUGGUACAGAUAUAUACAUAAAAAUGCUACAUAUGCACAUGCACAUAAUGCUACAAAGACGCUACUCUAAAGUUACUCUUUCUCAUACAACAAAUUAGCAGUCUAUUGAAAUGACACAAGGCUGGUUAUG